AUGUGUGCGUCGGUGCUUGCAUCAGAGCGCCUGAUCCACAGCAUCUUUAGAAAUCGCGAGUUUGUCGUCGGUACGGCUGCGUGCAAUUCUGAGCGACAGAAGACCAAGGAUCUCAUCACCGGCAAUAACUUCGUCAUGAAGCUAAGCAAGGCCAUUUCCAUUCUCGAGCCUAUCGACGCGCUAAUUGUCAAGUACUAG